GUUACACCCAUCACCAGAGUCAUAGCAAGCCUUUAAAACACUGCAGCACCUCUCCAUUGCAUUCAACUUCAGCACAUAUCCAUAUUACAACACAACACGUCCUUUUGACUGCUGUUCCUCGUGUCGUCCUACGGUGCCAAGUCUGCGUAUCAGAUCAGUUACAUUACCAGGCUAAAUGUUUUCACAACCCAGGAACCACAUCAACAACACGAUGUAAUGCUCCUCAAAUCCACACAGAAACUAUGCAGAAUAUGUCAGAGAGGAAUGUACCCACCCCUUUUCUGCCUGCGCCUCACCCCAGACCCCACCCCCAUCCCGUUGGCCCUCUGCAUACCACUUGAGACUCCUGCUCCUAAUAUAGACCCAACUGGUUUGUGGGACAGGCAGGGGGAGAGGAGCCUACAUGUAGCAGGAUCUAGCGUUUAUUGUUGGAUCAUGUUUCAAGAGAUGCGUGAAGAAUUGAAGAAUUCAGAGGCUGAUGCUGAGAUGUACAUGAAGUUCAUGAAAAGUCAUUGCUGCUAUGAGGCCAUUCCAACCAGCUGUAAACUGGUCAUAUUUGACACAACACUACAAAACAUACUCUUCCUGCUGAACUCAGCCCAGAUAUUCUCCCUCCACUUCCCAAGGGAAAGGUCAUGGUCCCUUUUGGUGAAGAAAGCCUUUUUCGCUCUUGUAGCAAACGGCUUGAGAGCUGCACCUCUCUGGGAUAGCAAGACACAGAGGUUUGUGGGUAUGCUGACUAUAACAGAUUUCAUCAACAUUCUCCAUCGUUACUACAGGUCCCCAUUGGUUCAAAUGAACGAGCUGGAGAGGCAUCAAAUUGGAACAUGGCGAGAUGUGUACCUGCAAUACUCCAACCACUGUCUUCACAGUAUCGCUCCAGACGCCAGCCUCUUCGACGCCAUCUAUUCCCUACUGAGGCAUAAGAUCCACAGAUUGCCGGUUAUCGAUCCCGUGUCCGGAAAUGUCUUACACAUUCUCACGCACAAGCGAAUCCUCAAGUUUCUCCAUAUAUUUAAAGAGACAGUCCCAAAACCCUGCUUCAUGCAGAAGACGAUCCAGGACGUUGGGAUCGGGACAUUCCGGAACAUUGCCACGGUCCAGCAGACAGCCUCAGUCUACGAUGCCCUGUCUGUGUUUGUAGAGAGGAGGGUCUCCGCACUGCCCGUAGUAAACGAGCAAGGCAAGGUGGUGGCUCUCUACUCCCGAUUUGAUGUGAUUAAUCUGGCUGCCCAGAAGACAUACAACAACCUGAACAUGUCCAUGCAGGAGGCCAUCCGACGGCGCUGCUGUUUCAUUGAGGGCGUCAUCAAGUGCCUCCCCGACGAGACCCUGGAGACCGUCAUUGAUCGCAUUAUUAAGGCUGAGGUCCAUCGGCUGGUCCUGGUGGACAAAGAGGACGUGUGCAGGGGGAUCAUCUCUCUCUCUGACCUGCUCCAGGCCAUGGUGUUAAGCCCGGCAGGUAUUGAUGCCCUUUUAGCCUCUUAGCACCUGUGGGAGUCAGGUCCCCUUGCCCUACCUCCAUCUUCCACCGCCUCUAGCCCCACCUUCCUGGCCCAGAGAUUUCAAGCAAAUCAAACUGAGAUCACUAGAGGACAAUGUGAAGUUCAUGGUGGAUGAAAAGGGAGACCGUUUUCAAAAUGUCAACAUACUGUUGUAGAGAAAAACAAUCUGCAACAAUCAGCUGUAUCAGUUGAGUUCAAUAAAUCACAAUAGUCAUUAGUUACAUUUGAUGAAAUUGAUGAUAAGUUUGUGUUACUUUGUGUUGCCCUGAAUUUGUGCUGUAUUAAUUAAACAUGUUCAAAUCAA